AUGGCCCGGAUACCUGUGCAGACACAGGAGAGGUCAGGCUGGCUGGUCGUUGGGGUUCUCCAGGAUACCGGCUCUACUGAAUUCCAGACCGAGCUGCAGGAGGAUCCCUCCUUAGAGAAGCUGAGGGACCUGGCUGGCCUCAGGGAAGUGGAACUGUGGGGGAUCUGGAAGCAGCUGGUGGUCCCCCAGAAGUACGGCCACAGACUACUGUACCUGGCCCACGAUGUCCCGCUCUCAGGACACCAGGGGAUCCAGCGCACCAAGCAGAGGUUGCUACAGAAUGUUUACUGGCCCGGAGUCUGCGAUGCCGUCCAGCAAUACUGCAGGUCCUGCAACCUCUGCCAGAGGGUGGGGAAGGCCCGGGACAAGGCUCCCAGGCCCCUUUCCCAGGUACCUGCACCCGAGCGCCCAGGCCCCUUUCCCAGGUACCUGCACCCGAGCGCCCAGGCCCCUUUCCCAGGUACCUGCACCCGAGCGCCCAGGCCCCUUUCCCAGGUACCUGCACCCGAGCGCCCAGGCCCCUUUCCCAGGUACCUGCACCCGAGCGCCCAGGCCCCUUUCCCAGGUACCUGCACCCGAGCGCCCAGGCCCCUUUCCCAGGUACCUGCACCCGAGCUCCCAGGCCCCUUUCCCAGGUACCUGCACCCGAGGUCCCAGGCCCUUUCCCAGGUACCUGCACCCGAGGUCCCAGGCCCCUUUCCCAGGUACCUGCACCCGAGGUCCCAGGCCCCUUUCCCAGGUACCUGCACCCGAGGUCCCAGGCCCCUUUCCCAGGUACCUGCACCCGAGCUCCCAGGCCCCUUUCCCAGGUACCUGCACCCGAGCUCCCAGGCCCUUUCCCAGGUACCUGCACCCGAGCUCCCAGGCCCCUUUCCCAGGUACCUGCACCCGAGGUCCCAGGCCCCUUUCCCAGGUACCUGCACCCGAGGUCCCAGGCCCCUUUCCCAGGUACCUGCACCCGAGGUCCCAGGCCCUUUCCGAGGUACCUGCACCCGAGGUCCCAGGCCCUUUCCGAGGUACCUGCACCCGAGCUCCCAGGCCCCUUUCCCAGGUAGCUGCACCCGAGCUCCCAGGCCCCUUUCCCAGGUAGCUGCACCCGAGCUCCCAGGCCCCUUUCCCAGGUACCUGCACCCGAGCGCCCAGGCCCCUUUCCCAGGUACCUGCACCCGAGCUCCCAGGCCCCUUCCAGCACUGCCCCAGCUGCAGGAGCACUACCUCUGCCCAGACACUCGCUACACUGAGUGUGCAGUCCCACAGCGGCAGGGCUCUAUGUGA